AUGGAAAUAAAGAUGGAACGCGAUUUCCACAUGAUCAACGGGGACGGAGACUCAAGCUACGCCAACAACUCUCGUCUCCAAAGAAAAGCCAUUAUUGCAACUCAACCAAUGGUUGAGAAAGCCGUACAAGGUGUAUGUGCAGAUCUUCAACCUCAAUCAAUGGUCGUGGCAGACCUAGGGUACUCCUCUGGUGCAAAUACACUUCUCUUUUUUUCAGAGGUGAUCGCCACGGCAAGUGAGAAAAUCCCUACCGAUAAUACAACCAGGGAGUCCACCAUGGAGGUCCAAUUCUUUCUCAACGACCUACCUAGCAAUGAUUUCAACCAGAUCUUCCGGUCACUGGAGCAGUUCAAGCAGUCAACCAUGCAGCACUGCACCCAUAGAGGGUUACAACCUCCUCCAUACUACGUUGCUGGUAUGGGAUCCUUCUAUACUAGGCUCUUUCCUUGCAAUAGCGUUCAUCUUUUCCAUUCAUCCUUUAGCCUCAUGUGGCUCUCUCAGAUAAAAGAUAUUAGUUAUGUCCCACUACAUCUUGAUGACAACAUGAAUAAGGGCAACAUUCACAUAGGAAUUAGUACACCUCCGUUGGUAGCGCAGCUCUAUCUGAAUCAGUUUGAGAAGGACUUCUCUCGGUUCCUCCAGUUGCGAUGCAAAGAGCUUGUGCCCGGUGGCAGGAUGGUGCUCACAAUUCUUGGGAGUAAGAACAGUGACACGAUUCAUGGAGGUGGGGCAAUAAGUAAUAAAUGUGAGUUGCUUUCACAGGCACUGCAUGUUCUUAUGGCCGAGGGUCGUGUGGAGACGGAGAAGUUGGACUCCUUCAACAUGCCAAUGUAUGGCCCUUCGCCAGAUGAGCUGAAACAGCUGGUGCAACAAAGCCAGCUAUUGGACAUCAUGGACAUUGAGGUCUUUGACCUGAGUCACCUGACCAAUGAUGCCGUGGAGAAGUCGAAACUGGAGGUGGGCGCCACCGCCGAUGCCACACAGGACAAUGUUCAUGAGGAAAUCGGCCGUAACAUUGCCGCGACCUUAAAGGCGGUAAUGGGAUCUCUGUUCGAAAGCCAUUUCGGGGAAUCAAUAAUCGAUGACCUCUUUGCAGUGUUUGCACACAAUGUCACCCAGCAACUUGAGACUCCGGAGAAGAAGGGUAGCGUCACGGUCAUUUCUAUGUCAUUGCAGGCAAAGGUGCUAAAGUCAUAAUCAACUAUAUGAGA